AUGUUAAUGCUGACACAUUUUCUUGGGGAUGCAAGAAGAUCUCUAAACAGCCAAGUCUCAGGCGUGAUCGAUGAUCGGAUCGGAAGAAACGGGGUGAAUGUUUCGCAAGCCAGCAUUGAAAGAGAUUAUUGCAACGUUAUGAUUCUUUGGUCUGUAUCUUCCCCAGCUAAAAAAGGAAUGGGUGAUACACCCAUUGUGUCAGUAGUGGUUUCCAUAGAUAGGGUCCUCACUACAGGGUUUAAGCCUUCAACCCUCUUCUCUUCUGCUUCGCACCACCCUUUCCCUAGUCUCUGCCACCAGUGUCAUCUCCACCGCCACUUCCUCUUUCAAAAACACCAAAAGAUUUCCCUCUAUCUCCUCCUCCUCCUCCUCCUCCGCCGCUCCUCCGCCACUUCAACAUUCAACAAUCACCCUCUAAUCCGUGCUUUUCACCACCUCAGUCUUUCUCCCCUCGAUCAUACCCCAAACCGUAGCCCUCCAAUCUCGACCUCCCCACUCCUUCCACCGUCCCGCACAUUCGCCUUCUCCUCCGCCGAAGAAGCCGCAGCAGAUCGUAGGAAAAGAAGGCGUCGUCUUCGAAUCGACCCUCCAUUCCAAGCAAUACAGAGCAAGCCCCCCCCUCCCCCACCUGACCCUAACGCUCCUCGCCUUCCUGACUCCACAAACGCGUUAACUGGACAUCGCCUUAACCUUCACAAUCGGGUCCAAUCCCUAAUCCGCGCUUAUGAUCUCGACACUGCUUCCCUUUUCGCUCGCAACUCUGUUUAUUCCCGAACUCGCCCCACUGUUUUUACUUGCAAUGCCAUCAUAGCUGCUAUGUAUCGCGCGAAAAGAUAUGAUGAUGCAGCGCUAUUUAAAUUCUUUUUUGAAAAACAUAAUAUAGUGCCUAAUGUUGUUUCUUAUAAUAAUUUGAUCAAUGCGCAUUGUGAUGAGGGAAAAGUUGAUUUGGGGCUUGAGAUUUAUAGGCGUAUAACUGAGACAGCUCUGUUUUCACCGUCAUCAGUGACCUAUAGGCAUUUGACUAAAGGGUUGAUUGAUGCUGGGAGGAUUGAGGAUGCCGUUGCUUUGUUGAGGGAGAUGUUGGCUAAAGGGCAUGGUGCAGAUUCGCUGGUUUAUAAUAAUGUUAUCAAAGGGUUUUUGGAGUUGGGGAACUUGGAGAAGGCUAAUGAGUUUUUUGAUGAGUUGAAAGAGAGGUGCUUGGUUUAUGAUGGAGUGAUUAAUGCCACGUUUAUGGAUUGGUGGUUUAAGCAAGGGAAGGAUAAGGAGGCUAUGGGAAGUUACAAGUCGUGGCAGGUUAAGAAUUUUAAGGUGGUGCCUGCUACUUGUAAUACCAUUUUGGAGGUUUUGGAAUACGGGAAGAAAGAGGCUGCUUGUGCUUUGUUUGAGCAUAUGCUGGAUAAUCAUACCCCACUGACUCACCAAGCGGUAAACUCUGAUACUUUUAAUAUAAUGGUGAAUGAGUGCUUCAAGGAAGCAGGGUUUGAGGAGGCAAUUCAUACAUUUAAACAGGUGGGGACAAAGUCAGGGUCUAAGCCUUUUCAAAUGGAUGUUGCGGGGUACAACAAUAUUAUUACUAGAUUUUGCGAGAAUGGGGUGAUGGAGCAUGCGGAGGAGUUUUUUGCAGCAUUGUUGGCCAAGUGCCUGACCCCUGAUGUCGUGACUUUUAGGACUUUAAUUAAUGCAUAUUUAAAGAGGGAAGAAAUUGAUGAUGUUUUGAGAAUGUUCAAUAAAAUGGCAGAUGCUGGUUUCAGAGUUGUGGCAAGCUUUGGGACUAGGGUAUUUGGUGAGCUGAUUAAGAAUGGCAAGGAAGUGGAGUCUGCAGAGAUUUUGACCAAAAUGGGAAACAAAGAUCCUAAACCAGACUCCUCAAUCUAUGAUGUUGUGGUUCGAGGGCUUUGUAGUGCUGGUGAAUUAGAUGCAAGCAAGGAUAUGCUGGACCAAAUGAUUAAAUACGGUGUUGGUAUUCCACCUGCAUCGAAGGAAUUCUUAAUUGAGGUUUUUGGAAAUGCUGGACGGGCUAGUGAGAUUAAGAGUGUUUUGGAUGAAAGUAAGUGGAUUAACAUUUCAAGACCUGCUUAUGCAAGACAGCCUCGAAGUCAACAUGAAACUGCUCAAAUGGCAAGUGGGCAGCCAUUAGGGCCUUCACCAAUGAUGGGAAGAUCAGUUUCAAGUGAACCUCAGAUUGCAAGACCACAGUCCUUUGGUGUCCAUCCAAUGUCAAGACAAACAGAAUUAGGAUCUCCUCAGAUGACAGGGCAGCUAUCACUAGAAUCUCAUAAUAGGCAACAGCCAUCAGAAUUCCUUAAUAUGGAUCAACAACAUCCAUUGAGACCUUAUCAAGCUACAACGGCAGGGCAACAAUCUUCAUGGUCUUCUCAACAUGAACCUGCUCAAAUGGCAAGUGGGCAGCCAUUAGGGCCUUCUCCAAUGACACGAAGAUCAAUUUCAAGUGAACCUCAGAUUUCAAGAUCUGAGUCUUUUGGUGUCCAUCCAAUGUCAGGACAGACACAAUUAGGAUCUCCUCAGAUGACAGGGCUGCCAUCACUAGGAUCUUAUAAUAGGAAACAACCAUCAGAAUUCCAUAAUAUGGAUCAGAUACAUCCAUCGGGAUUACGUGAUAUGGAUCGGCAACCUCCAUUAAGACCUUAUCAAGGGCAACAAUCUACAUGGUCAUUCCAAGCAGCAGGCCAGCAUCCGUCAUGGUCUUCUCAAACAGCAGGCCAGCAUCCGUUAUGGUCUUCUAAGACAGGACAGCAUCCGUCAUGGUCCUUUCACAUGGGAGAGCAGCAGCCAUCGUGGUCCUCCCAAACAGGAUGUCAGCAACAAUCACAGUGCUCUCAAAGUAGGGGACAACAAGCAUCACGAUCAUUUCAAGCAGCAGGCCAGCAUCCGUCAUGGUCUUCUUAAAUAGGACAACAUCCGUCAUGGUCAUCUCACAUAGGAGAGCAGCAGCCAUCAUGGUCCUCUCAAAGUAGGGGAUUUCAGGCAUCAUGGUCCAGUAAUAUGGAACAGUAGCCAUCAGGAA